CGCUUCUCGCUACUAGAGUGAGGCGGGCCGAGGAGUGGCUGAGGCCGGUGAGGAAGCCGAGGAGGCCGCGGUAAGGUUGAAGCCGCCGCGCCACUGAAUCUCCGUUCGCUUCGACAGCCUCUUCUAUUCGAGUGGCGGGUCCCUUCCGUGCUUCCCCGCUCUAUUUGCUAUCAGGUCUCUGUCGCUCCAAUAGAAAAAGGCGGCGGUCCUUUACGAGAGAGAGAGAGAAGUCACCCCUUGACUAAGGCACUGCUUUGGAAACAUAUUUUUAAAAUGGAGGAACUAGAAGAUUCAUCCAAGAGAAUUCUUUUAGAGCCAUACAACUACCUGCUUCAGCUUCCUGGUAAACAGGUCAGAAGUAAACUUUCCCAAGCCUUUAAUCACUGGUUGAAUGUUCCAGAAGACAAACUACAGAUUAUAAUCGAAGUUACAGAAAUGUUGCACAAUGCAAGUUUGCUUAUAGAUGACAUAGAAGACAAUUCAAAGCUACGACGUGGUUUUCCAGUGGCCCAUAGCAUUUAUGGAAUACCGUCUGUGAUAAACUGUGCAAACUUUGUAUAUUUCCUUGGUCUACAAAAGGUUUUAACACUUGAUCAUCCAGAUGCUGUAAAAGUAUUCACCCGUCAAUUACUUGAACUCCAUAAGGGCCAAGGCCUGGAUAUUUACUGGAGAGAUACAUAUACCUGUCCUACGGAAGAAGAAUAUAAAGCUAUGGUUCUGCAAAAGACAGGUGGCCUUUUUGGACUAGCCGUGGGCCUUAUGCAGUUAUUUUCCAGUUAUAAAAGUGAUCUGAAACCACUCCUUAACACUCUUGGGCUCUUCUUUCAAAUUAGAGAUGAUUAUGCAAAUUUACACUCCAAAGAAUAUAGUGAAAACAAAAGCUUUUGUGAAGACCUAACUGAAGGAAAGUUCUCAUUCCCAACUAUUCAUGCAAUAUGGUCAAGGCCAGAGAGCACACAGGUUCAAAAUAUUCUGCGACAGAGAACUGAAAAUGUGGAUAUUAAAAAAUACUGUGUACAUUACCUUGAGAAUGUGGGAUCCUUUGAAUAUACUCGGAAAACACUAGAAGAACUAGAGGCUGAAGCUUAUAAACAAAUUGGAUUGCUUGGGGGCAACCCUGAACUUACAGCAUUAAUUAAACAUUUAAGCAGAAUGUUCAAGGACAAUGAAAAUUAACAAAGUUAUCAAUUGAAUGUUUCUGAAAGGAUCAAGAAAUUGCUCUAAUUGUUCAUAUGAAUUAUGCUGAAACAGGUCUUAAGGGGUAACUGGAGAUUUGUGCAUACAAUAUAGUACUUUGAAAUUUCAAUUUUCAGUUGCUUAUACAAAAUCGUGACAAAAGUCCAUUAAAAUAGCUUCAAAAUCUCUCAAUGAUUUUGAUUUGUAAUC